GCGAUAAAAGCGAAAAUGGAUGAACUUAGGCCUUUGAUACCUGUGUUGGAAGAGUACAAGGCCGAUGCCAAAUUGGUAUUGCAGUUUAAAGAGGAGGUCCAGAAUCUGACGUCAGUCCUUAACGAGCUGCAAGAGGAAAUUGGCGCCUAUGACUACGAUGAACUUCAGAGCAGAGUGUCCAAUCUUGAAGAAAGGCUCCGUGCAUGCAUGCAAAAACUAGCUUGCGGGAAGUUGACGGGCAUCAGUGACCCCGUGACUGUCAAGACCUCUGGCUCGAGGUUUGGAUCCUGGAUGACAGACCCUCUUGCCCCUGAAGGCGAUAACCGGGUGAGUGUCCCCUUAUGCCAUAGGGAGUCAUUUGGGCAAGAGCACUUUCAGACACCUG